ACGGGCCUUGAGCUGGGGGCUUUUGUUGCGGCCGUAGAGAGGGCGAUAUCUGGGCUCUGAUCACCCUACUGGAGCCAAAUCUGCCCCAGGUCUAGCAUCCCGCGGAAGAAGGGGGCCUCUGGAAAUUCUACAGCCACCAGUUACUGCCAUGGGAAUGAGAUUGGGCUGAGCUGGGCCCCAGUCGUGGUUUUGCUCGGGCUUUGUGCGUGUAUGUUCAUGUUAAGUGCACCCGGACUCAGAUUAUUCUGUGUAUGUGUUGAGAAUGGACCACGCUGAAGACCCUGUAAGAGAAAGGGAAACUUAAGGAUGCUGGAACAGAACAAUGGAUUUCUCCUUCUCUUUCAUGCAAGGGAUCAUGGGAAACACAAUUCAGCAACCCCCUCAGCUCAUUGACUCGGCUAACAUCAGACAGGAGGACGUGUAUGAUGUCAUCAGCGACCCUGGGGACGAGGGCGGAGCACCCACCUACGAGUCCCCACUGGAGUCCGGGUUCUCCUACCCUCCUGAAGACCUUCCAGUGGUCACCAACGGUUACCCGACAGGGAUCGGCACCUACGAGCAGCAGGCCAAAUUUGCCUUGUAUUCUCAGUUCCCCAACGGCUCAGCCAACGGCUAUGGCGCCAUCCGUAACUUUGGGGACCAUGGACUACUGCUAGGGGAGGGGACGGUGUUGAGGACACCGGUUGUCCAGGAAAAACCAACAUCACACGUCUCUCCUCCACCUCAUGCUCAUCUCCAUCACCAGCCUCAUCAUCCUCACCACCACCACCAACCACCACAACAUCAGCAGCACCAUACCGCUAACCCCCAGCUCACACCUCAACCCCAUCAUCACCUGCCUCCACCUUCCCACCUCCUGCCUCCAGUCUACCCUCCACCCCCUCCCCUCCUGCUUCCCACAUCUCCACCUCCUCCGCCCACCCAGGACAGUGCUGUAGAGUCCAACCCUAUCGCGCAGUCGGCCGAGGUCACCCCCAAAAAGACUAACUCCCCGGAAAUCAAAAUCAAGAUCAUAAAGACCUACCAGAACGGCCGUGAGUUCUUUGAGUCCGCUCUGUGCGGGGACUUGCUGCAGGAGGUCCAGACCAGCCAGCCGUUCCGCAGGAGACACGAGCAGAAGAAGGAGAAGAGGAAAAGGCGAAGCCGGCACACCUCCUGCCUCGAGCGGGCGGGCCUUGCCGACCCGCCCCCAAGCUCAGCUUCACCCGCUGAAGGUGGUGCCACAUUGCCAGAUCAACCGCCUGCCUCUGUCCUCAAAAGCCCCAAAGCAGAACCCAAGGAACCCAAAGAGGAGAAGCAGGUUCCCUCGGUGAUCACGAGCACCGGCUGCUGCGUGGAGUACGAGAUUGGGGACCUGGUGUGGGCCAAGGUGGGGACCUACCCCUGGUGGCCCUGCAUGGUGUCCGCAGACCCCCAGCUGAAGGUCCACACUCGGAUCAACACGAGAGGUCACAGGGAAUACCACGUGCAGUUCUUUGGGAGUGUGGCCGAGAGAGCGUGGAUCCAUGAGAAGAGAAUCGUGGUUUAUAAAGGAGAGAGCCAGUUCGAGGAGCUCCAGGCUGAAACGUUACGCAAGACAACCAAUCCAACAGAGAGACACAAGCUUCUGAAGCCGCAGUCGCAGAGGGAGCGCGCUCAGUGGGAGGUGGGCGUCGGCCACGCCGAGGCGGCCCUGCUGAUGACCCAGGAGGAGCGGAAUGAGAACUACACUUUCAUCUACAUCGACAAGCAGCCCAGCGAAGACGCUGACCCCAUGACCUCACCCACCAGAGUCAGAAAGGGCGUCCGGGCCGAGCGGCGCUCCAGACGGUCCAAGAGCGGCGCGAGCUCGAGGGAAGAGCCCUCUGCCCGUCGCCAGCAGCCCCGCCGCCAGUGCAGCGCCACCAGUGGGGAGGAGCUGAGCUCUCCCGGGCAACGGGAGGAGGAGCCAGAACAGAGCCCGGAGAUGGAGCCCCGCCCCCAGGCCCCUUCCCCUCCUCCAGUUCGCACGCCCUGGAGGACAGCCGCCGCCCGCAAGCUCCUGCCCCUCUCCAUCACAAUGAAGAAGCUCAACGUGGAGAUCAUCAAGUGUGAUUGGCAGCUGCCCAAAGAGAAGGCAGAGCCUCCCAAGGAGGCGGGCCGGGAGGAGAGGGGAGGAGACCACGCCCAGUCCCCGGAGGGCUCGAGUGAUAAAGCAGAGGUGGAGACGUGCUCCAGUGAGGAGGAGAGGACAGCAUGGAGCGAUCCAGAGAGUGGAGAACACGGCUCAGAGUCCACUGACAGGAAGCAGCGUAGAUGUGGGCGGAGCCGCUCAGAGUCAGAGAAGAGUGUGGAGCCCAUUCCAAAGAAGAAAGUAAAAAAAGAACAGGCAGAAGCUGCACCUCAAAUGGACUUUAAAACAGGAUCACAGAAAGCAGGUGCCAGUGAGAUCUCGGACUCGUGUAAACCUCUGAAGAAACGCAGCCGUGCCUCCACAGACGUGGAGAUGGUCAGCUCUCUCUACAGAGACACAUCUGACUCCGACUCACGUGGCCUCAACGACCCCCAGAGUGGGUUCGGGAAGCGCUCAGACAGUCCCACUACGCUAGACGCAGAUGGCUCUGAUGCCCAGUCAGUGGACUCCACCGUGUCUCGCCAGGGUAACGGGUCCUCUAAGAAGGACACAGUGUGCCAGGUGUGCGAGACGUUUGGGGAAUCCCUGCUGUGCUGUGAAGGCGACUGUGACAGACUCUUCCACCCUGAGUGUCUCGCCUCUAGUGGAGCGUCAGACGGAGAACCCAUCUGUACCGAGUGCAGAACAGGUUCCCAUCCUUGUUUUUCCUGUAAGGUAGCGGAUGGUGAGGUGAAACGUUGUUUGGUGAGCGGCUGUGGUCGCUACUACCACGAGACCUGCGCCCGCAAAUACCCGGGCACUGCCCCUGAGCCCCGAGGGCUGCGCUGCCCACAGCACAGCUGCGCCACCUGCUGUCUGGAGAGAGACCUGCACAAAGCGAGCAAAGGUCGGCUUAUGCGCUGUGUCCGCUGUCCCGUGGCGUAUCACGUGGGCGAUGGCUGUGUGGCGGCGGGCAGUGUGAUCCUCACGCCUCACGUCAUCAUCUGUAGCAGCCACUCCAGCACGCGGAGGAACGGCCACCUCUCCUCCCCCGUAAACGUAGGCUGGUGUUUCGUUUGUUCCCGAGGACUCUUAGUGCACGAGCACACUGACUCCGUAUUAAGCUCAUGUACCUUUAAGUGUCACUACCUUCUGACUGAGUCAGAUCGCGCUGACUUGAUGAAAUUUCCUAUGAUUCCUUCUCCUUCGCCAGCUGCCAAAAAGAACCUUGGAAAAGGAGGAAGACUCCUGUGCUGUGAGGCGUGUCCCGCUUCUUUUCACCCCUCCUGUCUAAGCAUGGAGAUGCCAGACGGGGUGUGGCUGUGUCCGGACUGCAGAGUGGGGAAGAAACCGCACUACAAACAGAUCGUCUGGGCCAAACUGGGCAACUACAGAUGGUGGCCUGCAGAGAUCUGUAACCCGCGUCUGGUCCCGUCCAACAUCCAGAGUCUGAAGCAUGACAUUGGGGACUUCCCAGUCUUCUUCUUCGGUUCCCAUGACUACUACUGGGUCCAGCAGGGACGCGUCUUCCCCUACGUGGAGAGCGACAGGAACUUUGCAGAGGGCCAAGUGGGAAUCAACAAGACGUUUAAGAAGGCUCUUGAGGAGGCAGCGAGGAGAUUCCAGGAGCUGAAAGCUCAGCGUGAGACUAAGGAGGCCCUGGAGCAGGAGCGCAGCACUCGCCGGCCUCCUCCUUACAAACUCAUAAAGGUCAAUAAGCCGGUGGGGAAGGUCCAGGUACACGUGGCCGACCUGUCGGAGAUUCCGCGCUGCAUCUGCAGGCCGACGGACGAGCGUCCAUGUGGACAGGACUCGCAAUGCCUGAACCGCAUGCUGCAGUAUGAGUGCCACCCUCAGGUGUGCCCCGCUGGAGAGCACUGCCACAACCAGAACUUCAGCCGCCGCUGUUACCCUGAUACGCAGAUCUUCAAAACCCCCAGCCGCGGCUGGGGCCUCAAAGCCAAGCAGGACCUGAAGAAGGGUGUCUUUGUGAUGGAGUAUGUUGGAGAGCUGAUCGAUUCGGAAGAGUGUCGGCAGCGAAUAAGCCACGCCCACAAGAACAAUGUCACAAACUUUUACAUGUUGACCCUCACUAAGGACCGCGUGAUCGACGCGGGACCCAAGGGGAAUCUGUCCCGCUUCAUGAACCACAGCUGUGAUCCCAACUGUGAGACGCAGAAGUGGACGGUAAACGGAGACAUCCGUAUUGGACUCUUCACACUGUGUGACAUCCCUGCAGACACUGAGCUGACGUUUAACUACAACCUGGACUGUCUGGGUAACGGCAAGACUUCCUGUCACUGCGGGGCGGACAAUUGCAGCGGCUUCCUUGGGGUGAGGCCCAAGAGCGCCAUCGUCAUGGAGAAGGAGGAGAAGGUGAAGAACUCGAAGCUGAAAGCUAAGAAGCGGAGGCUGAGGUCAGAGGGGAAGCAGACGCUGGAGUCCUGCUACAGCUGCGGCCAGGAUGGAGAGCUGGUGCUGUGUGACCGCAAGGACUGUCCCAAGGCGUACCACCUGCUCUGUCUCAACCUCACCAAACCCCCCCAUGGACGCUGGGAAUGCCCGUGGCACCAGUGCAGUGUGUGCCAGUGUCCCGCCUCUUCCUUCUGCCACUUCUGUCCCGCUUCUUUCUGCCCGGAGCACGAGAGUGGGCAGCUAGCACUGUCAGCACAGGACAGUCAGCCCUGCUGCACCAAUCACGACCCAGAGAGAGUGCCCCGCCUGCCUGGCCCCGCCCACCUCAGCCAGAGCGCAGUGAAGGAGGAACCGUCUGAACCUGGAGAGGAUGAGGAGGAGAUGGAUGAAGGAGAUGGAGAUGGGGAGAGGAAGGGAACGAGAGGAAAGGAAGAGCGCGUGGCGGAGGUGUGAAGAGCGUCUUCGGCAACAGACCGCAAACCUGGACUGGAACACUCAGACGAGGGAGCCUCUCCGAGCUGCCGACGGGGCGCCGUGGUUCACAAAUCAAACCGUUACAAGUGUUAUUUUGUUGUCCAUUCCGUGACUUUGAGCCAGACGCUCACGAGGUACGGCAGACGUGCGGCGGCUGGGCAGUUGUGGGAAUGGAUCACACGAUGAAUCGUCACUUUACUGGUGUUUUCAGCCGGGUUCUGUUUCUACCGAGACCUCAUGGGAAAGGUGAAAGGUGAGGUCUUUACACAGUCUUGCAGUUCCAACCUCUACAACACCCGCAAAACCCUUCCAAGAAAUACCAGGACCUUUAUUUUCUGUACCUCAUGUAAAUACAGAGGGGAGCUAUGAGACAGGUCAACCAGAUUCAUAUCUGAUUAUCAGCUAGUGGUGGUUCCAUCUAAAAGCAAGAUCAGACGGUCUGUAAUCAGACGCUCAGUGGAGAUUGGUUAAGUGCUGCCACUUCAUGUCAGUUUGUGUUUGUGCUUUGUAAAAUAUAUAUCAUUAAUAUAUUUAUGACUCUGUUUACAUCCACUCAGUGUACAGUGUUGUUCAUUGGUAUUAGUGAGUUUAUCACUAUUGUUAACGUUGUAUAUGUGCCGUUUUUGUCAAAGAGACGAUGACGUCAUUGCUCGGCCUUAGCGGUGUUUGCCUGGUUUGGUAGAGCCCUGGUCAGCACCAUCCUCUCCACCUGCGGAAGGUGGAGGUGGUGGGGGCUAGGAGGCCUUUCACAGCACAGCACUAGCUUCAGCAUAG